CUCACGAGAAGGAAAAUCAAGUGCACAGAGGUACAUACUCCUACUUCUCUCCCACAAUCCCCUCGCCGUCAUUGUUACACAAGAAAAAACAACACCACACAGACAACCUCCAGCACGACACGAACCCCUAAAAAACAACACAGCCAAGCAAGAACGAAGACACCACCCAAAGGUCUGGGUCGGAAAACCACAGCCCACCCACCACACCAACCAUGCCGCCGAAGAACGUCUACGGCAAGCGCACAAAGACGACCACAGCGGUCGUGGCAGCCGGCGGUGCGGGCGGAUUCGCGAGGUUCAUAUGCACGCCUGAGAAAGCGGCGCGGGAGGAUGUGGAUGCGGAUGUGGAUGUUGAGGGGUUGGAGGUUGGGUUGAGGGGGUUGAGCGUUGCUGGUGGUGGUGUUGAGGGGGAGGAGGAUAGGAAGGGGAGUGAAAGGUCGAGGAAGGCGUUGGAGAGUAGGGAUGUUAAUGCGGAGACGAAGAGGAAGAAGAAGGGGGCGAGGAAAGAGAAGAAGAGUGGGAGGGCUGAGGGGGUGGAGGUUGUGGAUGAGAAUGUUGGGGUGGAGGAUGGUGCUGUGAAGUCGGAGGACUCGAGUUCAGGGAAGGAUGCUGGGCGGACGAAUGUUGCGACAAGUGAGGGGGAUGUGUCGAGAUCGAAAGCUGGGAAAACUCCUGUGCGCUCGAAGUCUCACAGGUCGAAGUCUCGGUCGAGAAAGCAGCUGCGAGCUCCGGUGGCUGAGAUUUCCGAGGACGAUAUGUAUACGACAUAUGUCAAAUCUCUGUUGCAGUGCAGCGAGCGGCGAGAGAUUGUCUCUUUCGACGAUUGGUCUUCACAAUUGGACUCGGUUGUCGAUGUGUCUAAGAUUGCGGAGGCAUCUUUCAGCGAAGUCUACCGUCUGAGCGUCAAGACAGCCCGAACAGAUUGUUCGAGUGAGUCUGUCCUCAAGCUUGUCGCUCUCAAGACACCUGAGAAUAUGCCUCUACCUAGCGAGUUGAAGGAGAAUGAUCGACCACGCCGAAAAGGUGACUUCGAGUGUCAACUACAGAAAGAAAGAGAGGAACGCGAAGAGCAGGAUAUGUGGAAGUCAAGUGUCGAUGAUGUCAAUUCAGAAGUGCGUUUGUUGCAGAAUCUGAAUGAUAUUCCUGGAUUCACGACAUUUCGGGACCUCACCAUUCUCAAAGGCAGGCCGUCUUCCUCGUUUUCCAAAGCCUGGAAGUCAUGGAAUAAAUCGAGGCCUAAAGGGAAGAAAAGCGAAUUCCCAGAUCCAUCGAAAAAGACAAGCUAUCAAGACGAUCAACUAUGGGCAGUCAUUGAAAUGCAAGACGCGGGCAGCGACUGCGGAAAGGUCUUCGAAGCAGGUGGAAUCAGCACCAUCUGGGAGGUGUGGGACAUAUUCUGGAGUGUCUGUAUAAGCGUCGCAAAAGCGGAGCAGACGUGCGAAUUCGAGCAUCGAGACCUGCACAUGGACAACAUCUGCGUACGCUCGUCCACGGACGAAGCCGAUUUGACGAAUCGUGUCGUCCAGAAGCCACUGAAGAGGAAGUUAGGGUUUACUGGGCUCGAAACUACUGUCAUUGAUUACACGCUGUCGCGUGCAAAUAUGAUCAAGACUCCUUCAUCCCAGCGCACAUCCUUAUCCUCAUCAGCUUCUCCGAUCUUUAGACUCGAUCAAUCAGAUCAGGGUCAAGUCGCCUACCUCGACUUGAACAAAGACCCCGCCCUCUUCACCGGCGACGCAGAAGAAGAAUACCAGUACGAGAUCUAUCGCUACAUGCGCGGUGCCGUCUUCUACGGCGACCCACUCAAAUCACCUCCAUCGUCACAACCUACUCAGACUCCUUCUCCCACUCCUAACAACGAAGACGCCACUCAAAACCUCCCCGUCACACCCCGCCGCUCCCCUCGCAAAGCCCCCCACCCAGGCUUCCUCUCCGAACCCCCAGCAGAUAUAUGGCGACACUUCCACCCCAAGACCAACCUCAUCUGGACACACUUCAUCCUCCACCGCCUCCUCGAGAACCUGCACUCCCACGGCAACACUCCCGCCUCAAAAUCCAACGACGCCAUCAUGCACAACGUCGUUGGCGUUGACGAGGCAGACGCAUCGAAAGUGUGGAAGAAGGCCGUCAUGAUGCACAAGAUCCUCCUUAAGGUUGCGCAGAAGCUUGACCCGAAGGCGCUUGGGAGGAGAGAAGGGGGACUGGGUAGCUGUGCGGAGUUGAUUGUGCUCGCGCUUGAGGCGAGGUGGUUGGCUGUUGGGGAUGUUGAGGGGCCGUGAUGCCGAUCAUGUUUCGGCGGUAGUGUUUUUCAAAAUUUUCAGGAUGCGAGAACAAUGUUUGGGGACCAUGUCUCUUUGCAUGUCUGACAGGGUCUUUUCGUUUUGCAUUUCGGGAGUUUAUGCAUUUGCAUCUUGGGCUAUGGCGUUUGGCAUGGGCCACCUUUUUCAUGCCCCUUAUGGAUUCCAUGGGAGGCGGUUUUCGAUUUUGCACCUGGGGGAUCGUAGCAUUGCAUCUUGCAUGGUUUUGGAUCAAAAAUGACAUCCAUAUAAACGUUUUUAUCAUGAAGUGUGGUAUCAAUAUGAACCAUCAAUCGACAUACAACACUCGUCGAAGUGGGUUUGGUUCUUGAAAUGAGAGACUGAUCAUCUA